AUGCUAAAGUGGAUUGAAUUGGAUGUCGAAUUAGACGAAGCGUUUGUUUCAUUAGUGUUGGCGGUGGAAAACAUCCCACCGCUUGGUGCUGUUUUCGUCGUGGACGUUGUUCCAAAUGAAAAUCCAGGAAAUGUAGAGGACUGCGUGCUAGUCGCACCAGCGCUGCUACUAUUCGCUGUGGUCGUGGCAUUCAACGCUGCAUUGGGGCGGGAAGUAGUCCCAAAAUUGAACACUGGGGGUGAAGGUGUCGCCCCAAACAUCCCCGAGGCCGAAGAUGUCGCACUACUGGUUGUUUUGCUUGCUGCUGGAGCAGAAGUGAACGAGAAUAGCGACGGUGUCGAUGAUACUAUUGUCGCUACUGAUGUGAUCUUCGACGGAUCUGAAGCUGAGAAAAUGGAAGUGGGUGUAGUAUUGUUUGUGCCUGAAGAACUAGGUGGUUUAGACCCAAAAGGUGUGCUGGAAAAUCCGAAACUAAACGUCGAUGUGGUGUUAGUAGAGCUCGAGGAGCUUGUAGUUGCAGUAGACGAUAAAAAGCUUGGAAACCCAGUAGUUGUGGCAGAAACCGCUGUAUCAGACGGUGUAUUUGUUGUGGAAGGAACACUUAUCGAACCGAACGUAGACGCCGUAGUCAAAGACUCUGUCAUUUUAUUGACCGCUGUUGGAACUGCCGAUGCUGUAGUGGUUGAACUGGUAGAAGUGGCUGUUACAGGAGCUCCAAAGGACGGGCUACUAGUUGAACCAACAGGAAAGACAAACGAAGCUAUUGAACUGGUUGUGGGUAAUGCACUUAUUGAACCAACCGCAGUGGUAUUUGGAGCAAUCGUCGGACUACUGGUAGACAAUGUGCUUGGUAUAGUAUUGAUGGUGGUGCUUAACACAGGCUUGAAUCCCAGUGUUAAGGGCAGGGAAACAGAGGGUGUUGACGAAGUACUAUCAGUUUUCGCUGAGCUGACAGCCGAAGAGGUUGUAUUGAUAGUGGUCAGAGUUGAGGAAAACGCCGUUGAGGUAGAACCACCAAGUGGCAUGUUUGUGCCCCGGUCUACCUGCGCCGACAACAACUGA